AUUCUCUUCAAUUGCCUUUACUAUACAUAAAGACCAAACUCAAGACAUAUUUCACUAAACUUUCCUCUUCCAACUACUACUCAAUUCUUAUAAUUACAAACAUCAAAAAAAAUAAAAAUAUUAUAUUUGAAACAUAUUUGCAUCAAUUAUGAGUUCGGAGAAAAAAUUAGCAAACGCGGUGGGCGCGAAAACGGCGAGGGCUUGUGACAAUUGCAUAAGGAAAAGGGCACGAUGGUAUUGUGCAGCCGAUGAUGCUUUCUUGUGUCAAUCUUGUGAUUCUUCCGUCCAUUCGGCCAAUCCUUUGGCUCGUAGGCAUGAAAGGGUUCUUCUUAAAACGUCAUCUCUCAAAUCGUCAGAUGAAUUUCCCAAUUUGGAAAGUUCAGGAUCAGGGUUAGACUCAGUUCCAUCAUGGCAUCGUGGAUUUACUAGAAAAGCACGAACACCUAGGCAUGGUAAUAAGCAUGCAAAAAGAAUUAAAUCCAUGGAGGAGGAAGAAAUGAAAAACCCUAUUCAACUCAUCGUCCCAGAGAUAUUGAGUGAUGAGAAUUCAGGCGAUGAGAACGAAGAAGAGCAACUCCUAUAUCGUGUCCCUAUUUUUGACCCCUUCGUAGCGGAUGGCUCUAAUUAUGGUAACGAAUAUUCUUCUUCUAAAAAGAUGAAAGUUGAUUUUAAUGAUGAUGUGAAUAGGUUUCAUGGUAUGCUAGCUCCAUCAGAGAUGGAGCUAGCAGAAUUCGCGGCGGAUGUGGAAAGUUUAUUAGGGAAAGGACUUGAUGAUGAAGAGUCGUUUAAUUACAUGGAAGGGUUAGGUUUUUUGGAGAAAAAUGAUGAGAAAUUAGUGAAAGUUGAAGAUGGAGGAGAUGUGGGGUUUGUGAAUAUGGUUAGUACUAAUCAUGAUAUCAAUCAAGUUGAUUAUUCGGAAAUUGAUAUGGUUGGAGAGACUUUUGAGCUAAAGUUUGAUUAUGAUUCACAAGUUAUUAGUAACUCAGAUGAAGAUAAAAAGGUUGAAUUUGGGGAGAUGAUUAUGGAGGAUAAUUAUGAUAGUGGAAAAAAUAAUAAUAAGAUUAUGUUAAAUCUUGAUUAUGGAGGUGUUUUAAAUUCUUGGCCUCACAAAAGGUCUCCUUGGACUACCGGCGAGCGGCCCCAAGUAGAUUUCAAUGACUGUUGGCCAAUGUGCAUUGGAAAUUGUGGAAAAAACCAUCCAUAUGGAGACAUGGGAUUAAUGACCGGAAAUGGAGUAGUAAUGGAUGAAGGAAGAGAAGCAAGAGUAUUAAGGUACAAGGAGAAGCGGCGAACGAGGUUGUUUUCCAAGAAAAUAAGGUACGAAGUUAGGAAAUUGAACGCUGAGAAAAGGCCUCGAAUGAAAGGAAGAUUCGUCAAGAGGACCAAUUUUGCACCAACCCCUUUUCCUUCGCUUAAUAAAUAAGUGAAGUUUUAAAUAAGUGAAGUUUUAAACAGAGACAAGUUUAGAGCCAUUUUUGUGAGUUCAACUGAACUCAUUGCUUUCAGCUCGAACUAGUUAUAUGUAUACAAAUUUUUUCUUUAAAAUGUAUACAUAGAUCAUACACGUUCUGAAUCUACUAACUCUAAAUCCUAUAUUCACCAAUGUUUGCAAGGAUCAGGUUUAUGUGCUAUUUUUUUAAUAGUACAAGUAAACCUGAAAUUGCUUUUCCUAGAUGUAUGCAUAGUGAUUACAAUAUAUAUAAUGGCAUUGCUAUGCAACUUUUUGUCAUG